GUGCUCCGUGAUCUUACAUUUCGGGCGAGAGUGGGAUAAGGCUAUAAUUUUGUGGAGGGGAGCUUAACAUGAAGAUAUUGUUUAAGACGUGUGAUGUGAAGGGCGUAUUUGGUUUCUCUUUGUAUUUUGAUCUUUUACUACGUAUUUGACGUCUUUCAUUUACUAUUCUUGAAAAACUUGAAAUCUUUCACACCGAACUCAAAAUCACAAAAUGGGCAGCGUUGACACCAAGAAAGCCAAUGUGCUACUUCUUGGAGGAGGAGCUGUAGGUGCCAUUGCAGCGUUGAACAUUGAGACCUCGGGAUUGGGAGCUGUGACAGCCAUUCUGAGAUCAAAUUUCAAGGUUGUGAAUGAGGAGGGCUACACAAUCGAAUCUGUAGAUCACGGGAAAUUUAAAGGCUGGAAACCCACAAAGGUCCUCAAUGCAGUUCCAGACAUCACAAAAGAAGGACUCCCACCAUACGACUACAUCGUCACCGUCACCAAGAACUGUCCUGAUAUCCCACCCACCCUCGAAUCACUCAUAGCUCCAGCCGUCACACCCGGCCACACAGUCAUAGUCAUGAUCCAGAACGGCCUUAACAUCGAAAAGGCAAUGUUCGCUGCGUUCCCCACCAACAUGGUCCUCUCCGGCGUCUCAAUGAUCGACUCCCACGAGGGCAGACUCGGCGAAAUCCUCCACGAAGAACACGACUCCCUCUAUCUAGGAGCUUUCCAUAACCCUACCGUCAAUGACCCCGAGAAGGAGAUCGUUGCGGCCAAGGCGUUUAUUGAAGUGUACAACAAAGCUGGGAAAUCGACAGUCGAGUUUUCGGACAACGUCGGAUUUGCCCGUUGGCGGAAGCUCAUCUUUAAUGCGGUGCUGAAUCCGCUGUGUGCUAUUCUUCGAUUGGACGAUGCGAGGAUCCGGUUAGCGGGCUCGGCGAUCGAGGGGCUUGUGAGGCCAGCUAUGAAGGAGGUUUGGACUACAGCGAGGAAGUUGGGAUAUGAGCUACCCGAGGAUAUCAUGGAUAAGAUGAUCCAUUGUGAUCCUUUGGAUCUAUAUCUGAAGCCGAGUAUGCAGUGUGACAUUGAGAAAGGGAAUUAUAUGGAGUACGAGUAUCUUGUUGGAGAGCCAUUAAGGGAGGCUGAGAAGGCGGGGGUGGAGACACCCACUUUGAAGGUUAUUUAUGAGAUUUGUAAGGCGUUGCAGUGGAGGAUUAUGGAGGAGAGGGGGUUGGUUACUGUGCCGCCUAAAAGGGUGCUUUGAGUUGAUAGAUUGGUAUCGUUUCAUUACCUGAAUAGUAUCACGCUCAAACAAUUUUGACCGUCCGCAGUGGGAUUUCCUCCUUUACAACAUCCGCUUCCAUUUUCACAUUCCAAAGCGUUCCAAUGCGCCUCCACAGCUCUUCGCCCUCUACAGAAGGAGCUUGAACCAACAGCAUCAAGAUCGUAUCAUCUGUGGUGGUGUACACCGAUUUCCAGGA